CUUCUCUGAAAUUUGCUAGAAGAGAGUUUGUGAUCUGAGACUUUUGCCAGUUUCUGAGACGUGAUGAAGAGCAGUGAUUCCUGCUGGGGCUUUGGGAAGGGAGGAAUUGUCCUUCCUUCCCUGCCUGCUGAGCUGGGACACUCUGGGUCAAUUCUUACCUUCUGCAGGAAAAUGCACCAGGAUUUCAGGGGCACCUACAGACUCAUGUGGGGCCAGAGUGACUUUCUGCCAGCUUGGGAUGAUCCCUCAGCAGAAUUCCUAUGAAGCUCCUGCUCCUUGCUGUGUGUGCCCUGCUCUCUGUGGCUCACUGUGAGGAAGGGGCCAGGCUCCUGGCCUCCAAGUCCCUCUUGAACAGAUAUGCAGUGGAGGGCAAGGACCUGACUCUGCAGUACAACAUCUACAACGUUGGCUCCAGUGCUGCUCUGGACGUGGAGCUCUCGGAUGAUUCUUUCCCGCCGGAAGAUUUUGGCAUCGUCUCUGGGAUGCUCAACGUCAAGUGGGACAGGAUUGCUCCCGCCAGCAACGUCUCCCACACCGUGGUCCUCAGGCCCCUCAAGGCUGGAUACUUCAACUUCACCUCUGCUACCAUCACCUACCUGGCCCAGGAGGGUGGGCAGGUUGUGGUGGGCUUCACCAGUGCUCCCGGGCAGGGAGGGAUCCUGGCUCAGCGGGAGUUCGACAGGAGGUUCUCCCCUCACUUUCUGGACUGGGCAGCCUUUGGGGUGAUGACCCUGCCCUCCAUCGGGAUCCCACUGCUGCUCUGGUACUCCAGCAAGAGGAAGUAUGACACCCCCAAGACCAAAAAGAACUGAGCCAGGUCAAAUGCCCCCACCCCCCAGAGCUCAGGAAGGAAGGAACAUGAACCCCCCAGAGCAGCAGCCUGGGGGGGGGGUCACCAGCCCCCCCUGGGCAGCAGCAAGAGGGAAUCAACGGCUCCAGUGGCUGCAGUGGGAUCAUCUUCUGCAUUUGAUACAUGAAAUAAGCAAAAAACGUGAACCCAAGUGAAAAUCCCAACCUUCCUUGUCAGCCUGUUGGGAGCAGGGACCCCUCCCUGCGUGGCAGCCGUGGUGCUGCUGCCUCUGAGGUGGAAACACCCACAGGGGUUGGUUUGUGGGGCUGCAACUCCAGUGUUCCCAGCAUCUCUGCCUCCCUUCAGCCCAGGGGCUCUUUGCCCUCUGCAGCCUUCCCUGGGCCUCUGGAAACAUCUGUGGGAAGGAGCAAUAAGGUGCCCAACUCUCCUGCCCGACCUGCUGCUCUGCUUGGUGGGGCACAGCAGGUCCCUGUUGAUGCUUGUUCUCCAGGAAGCCUCGUUGUAUUUUGCUGUUUCUGUUCUUUCUGGUUGCUCUGUGAAGGGGGAGGGGUGUGUGGAGGUGCUGAGGGUUUUGUAAUAAAAUUAACACCAUGAA